UUUCCUGCAAUCUAGCAGUGUUCUACCAUGGAGCCAUUCAUGAGCACAUGAAUUGCCUGCAUAUGUCUUGCCCAGCAUUGGAAAGCUGCAUACUAAAGUCUAGAAUCAAUGUCAUUUUGUACAACAUCACAACAGGCAUUGAUCCAGAUCUUCUUAUUUUUGAAAAACUGAGAUCCAAAGAGCCAAAUACACACUCCCCACCAAGUAAAUACGAAAGGCAAAACAGCACGAAGACCACCGAGUGGGAAAGAUGCUGGCAUCAUAACGCCACGUCAAGUUCUCUUCUGCUCCAAGCUCCAUCUUCUACCACUAGCCACGGCUUAACAGCAAACACUUACACCUCCAGCACGAGCCUGACGGUCCAAAAAACUGAAGUUACUGCUUAUUCCAAGGCAGAAACUCUUCCACCAGAUGAUCAUUUUGCAAAGUGGACAAGCACAACUUCAGCAAGCACUAAGUCAAUCACCAGCUCAGACAAGAAGACCGCACCCUCGACUUCGAUAUCCGAAUCUGCCGAGGUGUUAUCCCACAUGCCCACUCCUCCUCGUCUGAACAGCAGUAAGCAACACUUAAAUGAAACCAAAGGCUACAGUGGUAGGAAUUAUACUUCGGAUAAUGAGGCACCUGCUUGGGAAGCUGCAGCUUUGGGCGUCUGGUUGAUUCCUGUUGUUCUUUGCUCUUCUCUCAUCUUCCUCUGCUGUUGUACUGUUGCUUUCACAGCAGGGCGUUGCAGCAAUAGGAGAGGUCAGUAUAAGCCCAUAAGGAGGAAAACAACAAUGUCGAGACAAUUCAUAAAAUACACUACUGUCAAAGGUAAUUUGUAA